AUGUGCCGAGACAGAACAUUCCUAGGCGAAAACCUGCCGAAACCAUGCAUCCGGCGAGGAAGGUACAAGACUUUCCUAGAGGACGCUACCGCCGCUGGGUCACUGGUCGGCAGAGGUCGUGAAAGCGGAUGUCAACGCAAGACUUUCCGCUAUCUCCGUUUCAGCUCGUUCCCGAUUGAAGGCAUAGAGCAGAGGCAGGCACAAUACGCACCUUCCACCAUCGGACCCUUGACUGAUACUGCCUGCUUCCUUGCCCUUAUUGUGAAUAAAGUGCCGAUCGACGCCGAGAAGAAGGUGGAAUGCGCGGAGUUCGAAAGUGCCGCGCGUGAAAUUCUGAUCCUGCAAUCUGGCGUACGCUCGACAUUCGCUGAGAAGGAGGUUGAGUCAUGCAGACAACGCGGGAUGCCGUAUAGCCGGCCGCCAAAUUUUCCGCCCGCAACUGCGUCGCCAUCGCACUUCGCGAUCCAUCAAAUCCCAGACCGUGUGCGCUGUAAGUUGGGGAUAAAAGCGAAGGAGCUUCGCGUGACAUGGCUAAUCCCCCGUCCGAAAUCACUAGACUUGAUACGUCACUGGGCUUCUUCAUCCAUCAUACAUCGAGAUCGACAGAAACUGGCAGAUCGGAUCGCAGAAGCAAAGGUCGGAGAUCCAAUAGAUAGGAGAAGUCUCAACGAGAUUCCCUACAGAUUAGUAAGAGAAUGGAGCGCGGGAAAGGGAAACCAAGCUACGAUCAUGGAGACGAGGUACAACGAGCGGCGGCACAUCAGAAUCUCAUUUGCGCAAGGGGAAAAGCAAGAGAUUGUCCAAGAUCAUGUGUCUGCGGAUUACGGGCACGAUGUGAUUGGGAUAUGCGCCGAGCGCCGCCCACAGCUCUCCGAUGCAUCCAAGUACAAAAUGGACUGCGAUGUCGCCUUGUCGACCAGCAUGGAGUAUGGACGCUCAUCGAAGUCAGCACGCAUUAGCUGGACAUGUGAUGUCCUCCGAAUUUCUGGAGAAGGGCCGCUUGACAAUCACGAACCAGUUUACCAUCAAUACCGCACCUAUAGAAUUCUUGAACCAUUCCAUCACCGAGGACUUUCGCCUUUCCACGAUGGAAACAGUGUCAAUCCUGAGUCCCGUAAAUGCCCCAAAAGCCCAGUGAAGCCCACACGACCAGCAGGCCCCAAGUUUGAAAAGGAAUCAGAUGAAUACGAAGGCGCUGAAGAAGGCGAAGGCAAACGCGGGCGAAAAUGCCAACGAAGGCACAGAAAACUCGAAGACGAAAGCGCUGACAGUGGCGAGACAGCGAGGGUGAAGCCGCUGGCAGGUUUACCCCCAUCGAAAUGCAAGGGACUUGCCGCUCUCGCGAACAUGACCGCGGCAGAGGAGACAUAUUGA